GGGGAGCGCGGCGGAGAGCCGCGCCCGGGCGGGCACUGCCGAGUGCGCUAACCUAGGAGUGACCAUGCCCCGGGACAACAUGGCCUCCCUGAUCCAGCGGGUGGCUAAACAGGCCCGCAUCACCUUCCGGGGCCCGGCGCCAGGGCCGGGCUUCGGUGAGAACCUGCACCGGCUGCAGCAGCUGCUGAACGAGGUGCGGGCCGAGGACCUGCACCUCGUCCCGCGGGGCCCGGCGGCCGUGCCGGGGGCGGGCUGCUCGCGGGCCGGGGCCGGGGCCGGCGCCGGGGCGGUGCCGCCGGUGAGCUACAUGCACAUCUGCGAGACGGAGAGCUUCAGCAUGGGCGUGUUCCUGCUGCGGAGUGGGGCCUGCAUCCCGCUGCACGACCACCCGGGCAUGAACGGCAUGCUCAAGGUGCUCUACGGCAGCCUGCGCAUCGCCUGCCUGGACCCGCUGCCCCCCGCCGCGCCGCCCGGCGCCCGCCGCCGCGCCCUGCUCCGCUCGCGCCAACUCUGCACGCCCGCCUCGCCGCCCUGCCUGCUCUCUCCGCACACCGACAACCUGCACCAGAUCGACGCCGUGGACGGGCCGGCCGCCUUCCUCGACAUCCUGGCGCCCCCCUACGACCCUGAGAACGGCCGGGACUGCCACUACUACCGCCUGCUGGAGGCGUCCGCCGGCCCCGCCGCCGAUCCCCACGCCCUGCCCCGAGAGGUGUGGCUGGUGGAGACCCCGCAGGCGGCGGAUUUCUGGUGUGGCGGAGAGCCCUACCCCGGGCCCAAGGUCUCCCCUUGA